GCCGGCGGCCGGCCGGCGGGGCAGCCCCGCCGCAGGAGGCACGGCACCCCCGGCAGAGGCGGCCCGCCGCUGCCGCCCUCACCUCACGGGCAAACCGCCUGCCUCGGAGGCCGGUGAGGCAAAGCCAGGGCGGCCCAGCUCCUCGGCGUCCUCCCCGGCGAGGCGUGCGCUCCGCCGCCCAGCCCCUCCGCCGCCGUGCCUGCAGCCGGGGAGAGAGAAACUUCGCUGGAAGAGCUGCGAGCCGCCGCGCCGCGGCGGGGAGGGCGCGGGCCGGGGAAGCCCCCAAACGUGCCCCCCCUCGACACCUCCGCCCCCCGCUGCCGGGAUGCGGCUGCAGCCCCGCCCGCCCCAGCCAGCCCCGGGGGGCGCCGCUCCCGGAGACCCACCGCGGGGGGGUCCGCGCCCGGGCCGGGCCGGGGGGGCUGCGGGGCAGGAUUAGGUUUCAGACCGCCGGGGCGUGCCUGAGCGCGCUUCCCCCGCGGCGCGACUCGGCGCCGUUACUUGGGGGCGAGAAGGACGAAGGCGGAGAGCGGGGCCGGGCAGGGAGACCCGCCGAGCUGCCGGGAGAAAUACUGUAUUUCUUACCAUUAUUGGAAUACAAGCUGAGAAGCAGAAAACAUGUUGGAAACAAUUGAUACAUAUCGGGCCCUUCAGGCCAUGGAACGCUUACAGGCAAAACUUCGGGAUCGAGGUGACAUUGCAAAUGAAGAGAAACUGAGCUUAUUAAAAUCAGUGCUGCAGAGUCCUCUCUUUAACCAAAUUCUCAACCUUCAGACUUCUGUUCAACAACUGAGAGAUCAGGUAAAUAUUACACCUUCCAUACAUUCCACUGGUGAAUUCCCCCAGCUUCUCCAUCAUGGUGUGAAUUUGGGGUCCUUGCCCCAUAAUGAGUCGUAUUUGUUGGCUCAGCAGAAUGGCAGCUCAGCUAAAGUGCUAGAAGCAUCAAUGAGAUCUGUUACACCUCAGAUUAAUGGGAAGUCCUCAAGUGAUGACUUUGAGCAGCUGAUCAGAAAUAUGUCCCAGGGUCGGCUUGUUGAGACUAUUGAGCUUGUUAAACCUAUAAGUGGUGGUCUGGGCUUCAGUGUCGUGGGACUCAAGAGCGAAAACAGGGGUGAACUAGGAAUAUUUGUGCAAGAAAUCCAGGAAGGAAGUGUGGCACAUAGAGAUGGAAAGCUGAAGGAAGCAGAUCAAAUCCUUGCUAUUAACGGACAAGCCCUUGAUCAGACAAUUACACAUCAACAGGCUAUCAGCAUCCUACAGAAAGCAAAAGAUAAUGUCCAGCUAGUUGUGGCCAGGGGCACUUUCCCUCAGCUCAUCAGUCCUGUAGUUUCCCGGUCUCCAUCUGCUGCUAGCACAGUUUCAGCCCAUUCCAACCCGGUUCACUGGCAGCACGUGGAGACCAUUGAGUUGGUGAACGAUGGCUCAGGUCUGGGAUUUGGGAUAGUGGGAGGGAAGUCAACUGGAGUGAUUGUUAAAACCAUCCUCCCAGGAGGGGUGGCUGAUCAGCAUGGGAGAUUGUGUAGUGGUGACCACAUCUUGAAAAUCGGUGAUACAGACCUUGCUGGAAUGAGCAGUGAGCAGGUGGCACAAGUUCUGAGACAGUGUGGAAAUCGAGUGAAACUGGUAAUUGCAAGAGGUCCUAUUGAGGAGCCACCUCUACCAGCAGUCCCUCCAGGGACGCCAGUACCCAUCUCCAUGCCAGGGAAGCAGGCAGAUGCUUCGGUUGAUAGCUGUGAAGAUGGAGAGAAAUUUAAUGUUGAGCUUACUAAAAACAAUCAGGGAUUAGGAAUAACUAUUGCUGGUUACAUUGGAGACAAAACGUCAGAACCUUCUGGUAUUUUUGUGAAAAGCAUUACAAAAGGCAGUGCGGUUGAACAUGAUGGCAGAAUCCAUGUGGGAGAUCAAAUCAUAGUUGUGGAUGGAACAAAUCUUCAGGGUUUUACUAAUCAGCAAGCGGUUGAUGUUUUGCGGCACACGGGACAAACAGUUCGGCUCACUUUGAUCAGAAGAGGGGUUAAGCAGGAAAAUCGUAUUCAGCCCCAGGAGGACUUCAGUACUGCUGUUGAAAAGGACUUACUGUUCCAAACAAUGGAUAGUAGCACAGACAAAGAUAACAGUGAAACAGAACAGGGAUCCCCAUCACUGCCGUGCAGUGCCAGUGUGGUAAAUACUGGAGAGGACAUGAAACAACAGGAAACAGGUUUCCAGCUAACCACUACAGAAGAAGCAGCUGUGAAGGCAAAGUGGCAAACGAUUAUGGGUUCGAAUUAUGAAAUAGUGGUGGCUGUAGUUAACAAGUUUAGUGAAAGCAGUGGGUUAGGGAUAAGCCUUGAAGCUACAGUGGGACAUCAUUUCAUCAGAUCUGUCUUGCCAGAGGGGCCAGUUGGACGAAGUGGCAAGCUGUUCAGUGGAGAUGAGCUGCUGGAAGUGAAUGAGAUCUCUUUGCUUGGAGAAAACCACAAGGAUGUGGUCAGUAUCUUGAAAGAGCUGCCUAUUAAGGUGAUAAUGGUGUGCUGUCGUCCAGUACCUCCCCCUGUCACUCACCCAGAAGUACUGGAGAGGCUAAGUCCGUCCGAGGUUCAGCUCACAGAAAAGGCUCACAUAGAACUUGGAUUCAUUGGCUCCUCAGACACAGAGGGAACAGCUUUGGAAACAGCUGACGAGGGUCAGAGUACGGAAGAGGUGCAAAGCUCGUCUUUGGCAAUGUGGGAAACAGAAGUACAGCACAUUGAGCUGGAGAAGGGGAGUAUGGGACUUGGAUUUAGCAUACUGGACUACCAGGAUCCAGUUGAUCCAGCAAACACUGUAAUUGUGAUUCGCUCAUUAGUUCCUGGGGGUGUGGCUGAGCAAGAUGGCAGACUUCUUCCUGGAGAUCGGCUUAUGUUUGUCAACGAUAUCAACUUGGAAAAUGGGAGCCUGGAGGAAGCAGUACAAGCACUGAAAGGAGCCCCACCAGGAACAGUUAAAAUAGGAGUUGCCAAACCACUGCCUCUUUCACCAGAGGAGGGCUGUGUCUCUGCUAAGGAAGAUUGCUUUUUCUACACUGCCCAGUCCCUUGAGGAGGAGGGGCCAGCUGAUGCAGCCCUCUUCCAUGCUGAGCUGGCUCUGGUGGACUCCAGCGAGGCAGAUCUAGUGGAUGAGUCCACCUUUGAAUCGCAGUAUUCUCUAGAGAGUGACGUCUUCCAGGCUUCAAUGAUAGCUCUGCAUGGCAGUGCCUGUAGCGGUGAGCUGAACUACAGCUUCUCUCUUCCGUUGUCAACUCCCAAGUCUGUUGGAGAGGAGUGUUCAAAUGCUGCAGCUGAUUACGAUGUGUCUGACAAGAAUCUGUACAACAUGGAUCUGAAUCAGAGAGGGAGAGAACAAAAGUCCGUAGCGGGCAGUAGCCUGGAAACUGCAACUGGUUUUACCCAAAAGGAUCUUCUGUCUCUGAGUGUUCCGGAUAUCAACCAAAAUGAAAGUGAAAACACAGCAACAUGGACUGGAUCUCAGACAACAGCAGAAAUUCCACUAAGUGCAAGCCUUGCCACUACCAUGCAACUUGAUCCCACUGGAAAAGAUCAAAUGCUUUUAAUGGAGAAGAAAUGCCCAGUAUCUUUGGAGGGAAGUUCCACAACCCUAAAUCCAGUCAAAAACAUGUAUGAGAUGACCAUCACUAUUGCAAAAGGCAAUUCAAGUCUAGGGAUGACAGUAAGUUCCAAUAAAGAUGGCUCAGGAAUGAUAGUCCGCAGUGUCAUCCAUGGAGGCUCAAUAAGCCGUGAUGGACGGAUUGGUGUAGGGGACUGCAUCCUGUCCAUUAAUGAAGAGUCAACCACUAACUUAACCAGUGCACAAGCCCGGGCUGUGCUGAGGAGGCAUUCGCUCAUUGGACCAGACAUAAAAUCUUCUCCAGCACCUGCUGAUGAUCAGGCCCUCUGUUAUGUUAUUACAUAUGUGCCAGCAGAAAAUUUAGACGAGUACAGGGCCAGUUUGGGACAACAGACAGAGGGAGCUGUGCCACUUGAACUUUUUCCUUCACAUACUGUCAGCAGGGAACUCCCAGAGCUUCCAGAACGUGAAGAGGGGGAGGGAGAAGAAAGCGAACUUCAAAAUGCAGCUUUCAGUAACUGGAACCAGCCCAGAAAGGUUGAACUCUGGAGAGAGCCUAGCAAGUCACUGGGGAUCAGCAUUGUUGGAGGACGAGGGAUGGGGAGCCGCCUGAGUAAUGGAGAAAUGAUGAGAGGGAUCUUUAUCAAGCACAUCCUGGAAGACAGCCCAGCCGGCAAAAAUGGAACACUGAAAACUGGAGAUCGGAUUGUGGAGGUGGAUGGAAUUGACCUCAGAGAUGCCAGCCACGAACAAGCUGUGGAAGCCAUACGGAAGGCAGGCAAUCCUGUAGUCUUUAUGGUACAGAGCAUUAUAAGCAGACCAAGGCCAGAGUCUCUUUAUAGCCCUUCUUCAGCUUCUGCUCCCUGUGGGCAGAAAACUACUAAUCCAUUUUAUCAUCAGUCAUCUAAGAACCCUUCCCUGCCUUUCCCGCAGAACAGUCUUUUCUGUAGGCCAGCUGUCUUCAGCAGCACUAACCCGUUUGCCGAUUCUUCUCAGUUCAACAUUAGCAAGGAGGUAUCGAAUCCAAUUAGGGUUACCUUCCGUUGUUCCCCAACUAACCCUUUUGCUCCCACACCAUUCAAGGCAUUUGGUCCAUCCGAUCCAGAGCCAGAAAAGACUUCACUUUGUAACUUGCCUCUGCCUCCUCCGUCAGCAUUUUCAGGAAUGAGCUGUGAUGUUGCACAGUCAUCUUCGAGCAGAGUCUCAGAGGAUGUGGAGAAAGAGGAUGAGUUCGGUUACAGCUGGAAAAAGAUCAUGCAGCGCUAUGGAAAUCUACCAGGGGAGCUACACAUGAUUGAGCUGGAAAAAGGAAGGACAGGUCUGGGACUUAGUCUUGCUGGUAACAAAGACCGGUCCAGGAUGAGUGUCUUUAUAGUGGGAAUUGAUCCAAAUGGAGCAGCUGGAAAAGAUGGCAGGUUACAGAUUGCAGAUGAGUUACUAGAGAUAAACGGGCAAAUACUCUAUGGAAGGACUCACCAGAAUGCUUCCUCAAUAAUCAAAUGUGCACCAUCUAAAGUAAAAAUAAUCUUUGUCAGAAAUAAAGAUGCAGUAAAUCAGAUGGCUGUUUGCCCUGCGAGGUCAGUAGAGUCUUCCCAGUGUACGUCAGGAACACUUCAACAUCAAGAGAUUGAUAUCAGUGCUGCAAACUCCAGUGCUUGUUCUGACUUCAGUUCAUGUAAAAACAUUCAAUAUGUGGAACUCCCUAAGGAUCAAGGAGGCUUUGGAAUUGCCAUUAGUGAAGAAGACACAAUUAAUGGAGUAGUUAUUAAGAGUUUAACAGAUCAUGGUGCAGCAGCAAAGGAUGGACGAAUCAAAGUUGGAGAUCAGAUCCUGGCAGUGGAUGAUGAAAUUGUUGCAGGAUAUCCAGUAGAAAAGUUUAUUGGUCUGCUGAAGACAUCCAAAACUAUGGUGAGGCUUACAAUCAACUCAGCAGAGACAGACAGUCUGACUGCAGCACCAGUCCCUUCCAGCGCUGCCCCAGCAGAGAGGAGGAAUACGCAGCCAUCAGCAACUUUCCCCUCUUCCAGCUCACCAGAACCAGAAGCAGUCAAAAACACAAGUAGAUCUUCAACUCCAGCCACGUUAGCCUCUGACCCAGCUACUUGUCCCAUCAUUCCUGGAUGUGAAACAACAAUUGAUAUCUCCAAAGGGCGGACGGGUCUUGGCCUGAGCAUUGUUGGAGGAGCAGACACUUUGCUGGGAGCAAUCAUUAUCCAUGAAGUCUAUGAAGAAGGAGCAGCAUCAAAAGAUGGGAGACUGUGGGCUGGGGAUCAGAUAUUAGAGGUGAAUGGGAUUGACCUCAGGAAUGCCACACAUGAUGAAGCGAUAAAUGUCCUCCGACAGACUCCACAGAAAGUUCGUCUGACUGUGUACAGAGAUGAAGCCCAGUACAAAGAGGAAGACAUGUACGAUGUACUCAAUAUAGAGCUCCAAAAAAAGCCUGGCAAGGGGCUUGGGCUGAGUAUUGUUGGGAAAAGAAAUGAUACAGGGGUGUUUGUGUCAGACAUCGUCAAAGGAGGAAUAGCAGAUACAGAUGGGAGGUUGAUGCAAGGAGACCAGAUACUGACGGUGAAUGGAGAAGAUGUUCGAAAUGCUAACCAGGAGGCUGUUGCAGCUUUGCUAAAGUGUUCAUUAGGUAUGGUAAGACUAGAGGUCGGAAGAAUAAAAGCUGGACCAUUCCACUCUGAGAGGAGGACAUCCCAGAGCAGCCAGGUCAGUGAAGGAAGCGGCAGUCUCUCAUCAUUCAGUUUCCCGGUUUCUGGGUCCAGUGCACCUGAAGUCUUUGAAAGUGGUCUAAAGAAGAAUACCACAGCUUCUGAAAUACAGGGACUGAGAACAGUUGAAAUAAAAAAGGGCCCUGCAGAUUCACUAGGAGUGAGCAUUGCUGGAGGUGUAGGAAGUCCUCUUGGAGAUGUACCUAUAUUUAUUGCCAUGAUGCAUCCAAAUGGAGUUGCAGCUCAGACUCAGAAACUGAGAGUUGGAGACAGGAUUGUUAGCAUCUGUGGAACAUCUACUGAGGGCAUGACUCACUCCCAAGCUGUUAGUCUCCUAAAAAAUGCUUCAGGCACUAUUGAGUUGCAGGUUGUAGCUGGAGGAGAAGUGACUGUCAUAACUGGUCAGCAGCAGGAUCCACCUACGUCCAAUCUUUCCUUUGUGGGACUAACUUCAACUGGCAUUUUUCAGGAUGAUUUAGGACCUCCUCAGUACAAGACCAUUACUCUGGAUAGAGGACCAGAUGGCCUAGGUUUUAGUAUUGUGGGUGGUUAUGGCAGUCCCCAUGGAGACUUACCCAUUUAUGUGAAGACGGUGUUUGCAAAGGGUGCAGCAGCAGAAGAUGGACGCCUGAAGAGGGGGGAUCAAAUCAUUGCUGUGAAUGGGCAGAGUUUAGAAGGGGUGACCCAUGAGGAAGCGGUGGCUAUUCUGAAAAGGACAAAAGGAACAGUCACUUUGACUGUUUUGUCAUGAACUGGGUGCCCAAAGGAGUAGGGUCAGUAAGACUAUGUUAUUUACAUUCCGCAUAGCAAAGAGAAUGGAAGUGUUUGUAUAGCCUUCUUGCGCUUCCAGCUUCACAGGAUUGCGUUACACAACACUGAAGAAAAAUAAUGUUUGACCAUAUUUUUAUAUACAAUAGAAGUAUUUCUUUUACUGUCAAACCACUGGGAUGGAGUUAUGUCAGCUAUGGAAAGACAUGGAUAUUUUUCCUAUUAGUAUUAUAAUGAAUGCUUGUAAGCCACCAAAACGAAAAAGGAAUGUUUGAAUUCAUAACCAUGCCACAAAACUGGAAUGUUUUGCUAAGAGACUUUGGAUAUUUGAAGUAUGUUGGAAAAAUGGUAAAGUCACCAAGUCAACAAGGGGCUGCCAUGGGCAGCAGUAGUCAGAAAACAGAAAUAAGGUUAUUGAAGAAAUAAUAAAGUAUUAACAAAAUAAGGAAUUUUGGGAAAAGAAGGUAAAGUGUGUAAUUUGGAGGCAGAUGAUUAAUGAACUCAGAUGGUUUUUUGUAUUAUUUCACAAUGGCCAAGUAGAAGGAGCUAGGUGGGCAACUUGAGUAGCAUUUUUUGCUUGUCUGUUUGUGUGUUUGUAUUUCCUAAGUCAUGGUAUAUCCAGAAAGAGAAAACUGUGGUUUAGUUUGGCUUAGGUUUGAGGGUUUGGUUGGGGGUGUUUUUUUUGCGGCAAGGGGUGUGGGUGUGGGUGGGCGAGUGGGUGUGUGAAUGGGUGUGUGUGUGUGUUUGUUUUGAAGGGAGAGGACUUGUGCUCAGGGCUUAGGGCAAAAUCCGUUUGCUAGCGCAAACUACUCCUGGUGAAUGAGAGAGCCCAGCAACUGCAGUAUUAGAAGAACUAGACUUACGUAGUACUACUGUUUUGUAGCCUGUAUGGGUGUGAAAGCAACCUUCCUGACAUGACGUGUGUAAGCGAAGGCUGUCCUCCUCCCAUGUGCAAGAUUAACUACAGGCUCAGUGCAGACGUUUCAGUGAACUGCUUGAAUCAGAGCUACAAACUGCUCAGGGCAGGUUUACUUAGCUGCAGACAGACACUUGUGGAUACUGGUUAAGCCAAGGUGGAAGGUGAUGUUACAGUGUUGCUGCCAUUACCCGCAAAGGUAGAGUCCUUGUUGGACUGAGGAGGACUGAAACCAGGAGCUGAGGUGGGUGAAAGGAUGAAAAAAUGUCCCAGUGCAGUUGCAUAGGAAGACAGCAGUUAAGAUCUUUCUGCAUCAGCAUUAAGGUAUGCAGAUAUCUUAAGGGCUAGAUGAUGUGGCAAGAGGAUGCAACCAGGCUCUUUUCAGUAGUGUGAAGCAACAAGCACAAACUGUAACACAGGAAGUUCCACCUGAAUGAAAAACCUUUUUACUUUGAGAGUAACAGCACUGGAACAGGCUGCCCAGAGAGGCUGUGGGGUCUCCUUCUUUGGAGACAUUCAAAACCCACCUGGAUGUGACUGUGCAACCUGCUGUAGGUGAACCUGCUUUAGAAGGGGGUUGGACUAAGACUUCCAACCCUGAACAUUCUGUGAUUCUGUCAUUAAGCAGAAGAGAUUUGAGGGCCACAAGUAUUGUUUUGGGGCUUUUAAUUUUAGAGGCACAAAUAAAAUACAGUGACUAGUAAGUACAAUGCAACCAUGGAGCUAUUCUUUGGGCAGCAGUGUGGUCUGUAAAUUUAUCAACAACCUCAGUUUUAUAAGUUGGGAUCCUCACUAAAACUUUAUCCAAAAAAUGCACCCACUGAAACCCUCAGCUGAUUGUAGCCUGCCUUUGCCUCUGCUUCUUCGAAGUGGCUCUUAGGAAUCUGGCAGAUAAAACACACCUUGCCUGUGAUUCACCUUCCUGCAGGAAAACUUUACCAAGUCUUUUGAGGGAGAAAGAUACCUAGCUAAUUAGCAUGCUAAUUAGCAGCAAGACCCCUUGUGUUAGUUAGGAAAAACAAUUGUAGCAAGAAGGCCACCAUGUCAGUUGUCAUUUAAGAGAAAUUUGAACUGAAAAUGCAGGCAAUGGUCAGGCUGUUAUUAGGAGAAGGUACAAAAGAAUAACAUUUUUUUUAGUGGGACACCAGAACAGUAUUAGGAAUGUCUAUGAAAUAUUAUUAACAAAUUCAUAGUUUCAUCUAACUGAAUUUACUAAAAAAACUCACUGUGUUUGUCUUUUUAACUAUUCUAGAAGAUAACAAUGUGGCAGGCUAAGACAAAAGAAAACAGAUGGUCAUUACUAGAUGCUGUUAUUACUGAAUUGCUCUUCUAUACUUAUUCCUUGGUUAGAGUGAGAAAUGCCUACAUUAUAGUUUGUAAAGUCACCUUAAAUAGUAUCUAUAUUUGUAACAGAAGUAGCAUAGAGAUAUUUUGUUGCUGCUGUUGUGUCUAAAUGGAGGAUUUGGAAUAAAUUGCAAACUGUCAUGAUGAAGAAAUAAAGUCACAGGUGUGUUUCUGGUUGCUUUACAAUGGCAUGCAUGCAUUGUUCAUUCUGUUGUGAAAGAUUAAUUCAAAACAAUUUGAUAUAAAAAAAAAGGCAUUACUCAUUAUGUGAACCUUAAAGCACCUGCUUAAUACUGCUUUCUGGUCAGUCAAUUUUUUUGAUUUUCAGAUAGGUAGGUAGUAACAUUUUUUACUAUUAUUAUUACAUAAAAGGAGUAUUUGACUUAUGUACCAUAAAUUUUAGCUGUGUUCUUUGCUGAGAGUGCUAUAUUGGAUUUUUUAAGUGCUUGCAGUUAGAUGUCCAGUUUACCUAUAGACAGACAAAAGUGAGAGGUGUUUGUCUUAGAUGGGACCUUUAAUUUGUCAGCACUUGUUAAUGUUUUCUGGUAUUUCAUCCUUUGGCAGUUUAUUAGUUUAGAUUAUACGUUGUUAAGUGUAGUUCAGUUUAGUUAGAGAGCAAGAGCACACUUUUGACUGAGCAAGGUAGGCAUUAUAGCUAAAAGGGAGUGAAUGUUCUUAGUGAGUGUUUCUGUGGGGUGUGGGUUACCCUUUUGAGACUCUCAGCACUGGUCAGCAACAGUGUCACAGUUUGCUGUAUUUUCAUUACAUUUUUUUAUGCUGCUCACUGUUCAUAGCCACAGAAGAGUGCACGAUACCAGGACUAGGAAGACUGAGACCGCAGGGUACAUUCUCAGGAGGCUUUAUCAGGUUUCUACUACUGUACCAGAUGGAGAUAAGAGAGCCGGAGUUUCUUGUUGGGCAUCUCACAUGAGUGCUUAGGCUGAGGCAUAUUAAAGGUCUUUGCAGGCUUUCAAGAAGUACUUUCAAGUACCUUCUCAUCAUAGGAGUGCCAUAGCCACGGCAUCCAGCACUUCAGACUUUCACAUUAUUGGGGAUUUUACAAAAAACAAUGGGAGCAGCACCUUGGGACUGAAGGAAAUUAGUUAUUCUCUGGUUUGGGAGAUUUUUUGUCUAAAACUGUCAAAGACAUAUAUACUUUGUUUUGGCUUGAAAAAAAAAAAUUUCAUUACUCAGUGCUAAAUGUGAAUAUGUCUGUUGGGAGUAGAAAGGUCAGUGUUGCAGAUGAGUUGCUUGAAUAUAAUCCUAAUGGUUAAAGCAGCAAAUGUUCACUGAAAUUCCUGUUUGUGACAGGAACCACUGAGCUCAGGUGAUAAUAAAGAUUGUCAUAUGGGGAAAGCAUUAACCUUUGUUACUGUCACUAAGACCAGAAAAAGGUUACAAGUGAUAGUGUUCAUAUUUUUGUCUUGCUUUUUUAGUAAGUCCACACCAACUCUUUUUCCCAGAUUUUAUGUUUUCUCCCAAGUGUAAAGUGUCUGCAAAGAGCUAAUAAGUUGUUACUCUUCUGAUACUCUUGGAAUAAAAAAAAAAAAUUGCUCAGUUAUUGUUUCAACUA